AUGGAAGCAAGUAAUAUAAAUCCCCAGGACGUCGAGCUAAGGGAACAAGAUCGUUGGUUGCCGAUUGCAAAUGUUGCAAGACUCAUGAAGAAUACACUUCCCUCGACUGCCAAGGUUUCUAAGGAUGCUAAGGAAUGCAUGCAAGAGUGUGUAUCAGAAUAUAUUUCGUUCAUUACGAGUGAAGCUAGUGACAAAUGUCUUCGUGAGAAGCGAAAGACCAUAAAUGGAGAAGAUAUCUUGUAUUCUAUGCAUGAUCUAGGAUUUGAGAACUAUGCAGAAGUCUUAAAGAUAUAUUUGGCAAAAUAUAGAGAACAACAAGCUUUGAAGCAAGAAAGAGGAGAAUCAAGGUCAUCCAAGAGAUCAAAACAGCCAGCAGCUGACAUACCCGACAGUCAAGUUGCAUCCAACCUGCAGCUGUCUCUGUCAACUUCUCCUAUGAACGAAGGGAAUAAUGCUUCAAAUAAUCAGGCAAAUGACUACGGUAAUGAAAACGAACAUCAAGAAAUCGAGCAUCAAGAACUUGAUUCGACGUCUGCUACUAACGUAAAUAGCGCUGUUGGAUCUAACAAUUCUCUGACAAGUUCUAUUGGCUCUCCAGAUCCUUUUUUCGAACAUUAUGAUAAUGAAAGUGAGAUAAAAAUUAAACAGGAAGGAGACUCGACCAAAAAUGAUGCUGAUACUGGAGUUUCAGAACAGAAAGAGGAAGAUUACACAUACGAUGAUUUCAUAAGCGAGGCAAAUGAUGGUGCAAUCACAUCACAUCAAAAUAUCGACGAAUUAACCAAGCAGAUAACUAAUAACGACCAAGAUAUUGAUACAUUGACUGCUGGAAUCGGAAACAGCGACUCUAAUGAUGGCUACUUUUGA